AUGUCUGUUCUCCCUGCCGAGGUGCAGGGAGCCUUGACCCAGCUUCUGCAAGCCCUCUCUUCCCCGGACAACACUCUCCGCAGUCAAGCCGAAGAGCAACUCAACAAUGACUGGACUCCCAAUCGCCCCGAGGUGCUGUUGAUGGGCUUGGCCGAACAGUUACAAGCUGCGCCAGACUCAUCGACACGAUCGUUCGCCGCAGUCUUGUUCCGCAAACAAGCCUCCAAACAACGCAAGAUCCCUCCUAGCACUGACUCCAAGGAACUCUUUUGGUCUCUCAGCCCGGAAGCCAAAACCGCCAUUCGAUCAAAGUUGCUGGAAGGUCUCGCAAGAGAGCAGGUCAACCAAGUCAGGAAUAAAAUCGGAGACGCAAUUGCUGAGAUCGCACGGCAAUAUGUGGAUGCCGGGACGAACGAGACCUGGGUGGACCUGCUUCAUGCGCUCUUUCAAGCGAGCCAGUCGACCGACGCGGGCAUGCGCGAAUGCUCGUUCAGGAUAUUCUCCACCACCCCCGGCAUUAUUGAGAGAGAACACGAAGGUGCGGUUCAGGAGGUGUUCCUCAAGGGGUUCAAGGACAGCAGUGUCGAGGUCCGACUCUCAGCAAUCGAAGCAUUUGCCUCGUUCUUUCAUUCGGUCAGCAAAAAGACACAGCCGAAGUACUAUCCUUUAAUACCCGAAAUCCUCAACAUUCUGCCGCCUCUCAAAGAAGCUGGAGAUACCGAUAAUCUAUCAAAGGCAUUUGUCUCGCUGAUUGAACUCGCCGAAAUAUGCCCGAAAAUGUUCAAAGGCCUCUUCAACAAUCUUGUCAAGUUCAGCAUUUCAGUCAUCCAAGAGAAAGAGCUGGGGGAUCAGACUCGACAAAACGCUUUGGAGCUUAUGGCUACCUUCGCCGAAUGGGCGCCUGCCAUGUGCAAGAAAGACGAAUCCUUUGUGAAUGAUAUGGUAACGCAAUGUCUUAGCUUGAUGACUGACAUUGGAAUUGAUGAUGAUGACGCCUCAGAGUGGAACGCGACCGAGGAUCUUGACAAUGAAGAAAACGACAUGAACCAUGUCGCGGGCGAGCAGUGCAUGGACCGCUUGGCCAACAAGCUGGGAGGACAAGUGAUGCUACCUGCAACGUUCACGUGGCUACCGAGAAUGAUGCAUUCUGCAUCCUGGAGAGAUCGGCACGCGGCUCUGAUGGCUAUCUCUGCAAUUUCCGAGGGAUGUCGAGACCUCAUGAUCGGCGAACUAGACAAGGUCCUCGAACUGGUGGUGCCAUCCUUGAGAGAUCCUCAUCCACGGGUCAGAUUUGCCGGGUGCAAUGCUCUUGGCCAGAUGAGCACCGACUUUGCCGGGCCCAUGCAAGAGAAGUACCAUCAAGUGGUGCUGACAAACAUCAUCCCCGUCCUGGAAGCGCCCGAGCCACGAGUACAAGCGCAUGCCGCCGCAGCACUAGUCAACUUCUGCGAAGAGGCAGAGAAGUCAAUCCUGGAACCGUACUUGGAUCAAUUACUUGGCCACCUCCUGCAACUCCUGCAGUCUCCCAAACGGUACGUGCAGGAACAAGCACUAUCAACGAUUGCCACUAUCGCCGACUCUGCCGAGGGCGCCUUCAUUCGCUACUAUGACACCUUGAUGCCUCUUCUCUUCAACGUUCUGCGGGCCGAACAAUCAAAAGAGUAUCGAUUACUGCGUGCUAAGGCCAUGGAGUGCGCGACGCUCAUUGCCUUGGCUGUGGGCAAGGAAAAAAUGGGCCAAGACGGCAUUACGCUCGUUCAGAUCCUUGGUAACAUCCAGCAAAACAUCACAGAUGACGAUGACCCACAAUCACAAUAUCUGCUGCAUUGCUGGGGACGAAUGUGUAGAGUUUUAGGCUCUGAUUUCGUCCCUUAUCUCCCUGGAGUCAUGCCCCCCUUAUUGGAGCUCGCGGCAGCCAAAGCAGACAUCCAGCUGAUAGACAACGAAGACGACGUGCUGGAAGAGGAGGGCUGGGAGUUGGUCCCUUUGAAGGGAAAAGUCAUCGGGAUCAAGACAUCAACGCUUGAGGAUAAACACACGGCGAUUGAACUUAUCACCAUCUACGCUCAAAUUUUGGAAGCAGACUUCGAGCCUUACGUGGCCGACAUCACAGAACGAAUCGCUCUGCCUGGAUUGUCGUUCUUCUUCCACGAUCCCGUACGGGUAGCUUCCGCCAAACUAAUCCCUCAAUUACUCAACUCGAUCAAGAAGCGAUACGGCGAGCAAUCGCCGCAAUUGAACGAAAUCUGGACGAAAUGUUCUGAAAAGGAGAUCGAAAUCCUCAGUGCUGAGCCUUCAAUUGACACACUAGCGGAAAUGUUCCAGUGCUUCUACGAGAGUGUCGAAGUGGUAGGCAAGGGCUGCCUGACCCAACAGCACAUGGAGCUCUUCGUGCAAUCGGUCAAGUCGACGCUGGAAGAGUUCCAGAAACGUGUUCAAGAGCGCGCCGAAGAGAAGGCCGAAUCUGCCGCUGCCAACCAAGGCCCGGAUGCCGACGAGGAGGAUUCCUUGUCUGUACAAUACGCCAUUGAAGACGACCAGACUCUCCUAUCAGACAUGAACAAAGCAUUCCACACCAUAUUCAAGAACAUGGGGGUUGCAUUCCUCCCAACGUGGCAGCAACUCAUGCCCUUUUAUGACGCGUUUGUCACCAGCGCGGACCCUAUGCAGCGACAGUGGGCGAUCUGCAUCUUUGACGACGUCUUGGAAUUCUGCGGGCCACAGUCCUGGCAGUAUUCCGACCACAUAAUCCAACCGCUCAUCAACGGUAUGAGGGACGAAAAUGCGAAUAAUCGGCAAGCAGCCGCAUAUGGCGUGGGUAUUGCAGGACAAAAGGGCGGAGAACAAUGGAGUGACUUCGUGGCUGCGAGCAUUGACACUCUUUUGCAAAUCACGCGUGUUCCGAACGCGCGAAGUGAUGACGAUGUCUUUGCCACGGAGAAUGCUUGUGCUGCAAUCGCGAAGAUUUUGCAUUUCAACGCUGGCAAGGUGGUCAAUCCACAGUCGGUGGUGGAACAGUGGCUCGACACGCUGCCCGUGGUUAAUGACGAAGAAGCGGCACCGUAUGCGUACAGCUUUGUUGCGCAAUUGAUUGAUCAGCAAAACCCAGCAGUGUUUGCGAAGGCGGCACAGGUCUUCCACCACAUUGCGCUGGCUCUGGAAGCGGAAAUGAUCCAAGGUGCCACGGCGAAGAAGAUCGUUGAGAGUGCCAAGGUGCUGGUUGGCAAGACGGGUAUCAAUGCUGAGCAGGUUCUGCAGGGCCUGAGCGAAGAUGGACAGAGGACCGUGAGGAGUUAUUUUGCCUAA